AUGUUGUUAAAAUAUUUUUUAAAUAUUUAUAAAAAUUUUAUAAAAUUUAUUUUAAUUAUAUUUUUAUUAAUUAAUUUAUUUGCUCAAGAAGUAAUAUCUGAUAGACUUGGACAUAUAACGUGUUAUAAAAAUAAUGGUUUUGAUUUGGGAAUUGAAGAAGUAAGAUGCUCUCCUUCAUUCCCUUCUAGCCCCACUUAUUGUCUAAAAGCUAAUGUUUAUGAUGGCCGAGUUGUCCGUGAUUGUGCCACUUCAGCUCAGUGUCCUCAGGGAAAUGCAUGUUCUCCAAUAAAUUAUGAAGAAGACGGUACUACUGGUAAAUUAAAUUGUUAUUUGGGUUAA